CUAUUCUGUUGUUCUUCUGUAACAAAAUGCUAACAAGCUGCUUACAUAAACGUUAGUAGAUAGCUGGUUUAUUCUGAACUUGUAUAUACAUUAGAUAUUUAGCUUGAGGUCUUUUGUUCAUUACUCCUGUAUGAUAACACAACAAAUUCGUGCUCUCUGGGUCACUCGCACAACAACAUCUGCAUUCAUCUUAGUAGUCAGCAGAGGACGCAUUAAACCCAAAUCUCGUUUUAUCCGAGCUCUCAUUCCACAGCCGUUUCGCGCUCUCUCCUCUCAUUAAACUCACUCACUCUCCCGGUCGCUGUCUCUGUCUGGGAAGGUUGCUUCCAGCAAAACCGCCUGUUGGGAUUCAUUUCAGUGGUGAGCUACAAACAGACACGCUCUCCUGCUGUUUUAUGUCUAUCCCGGACGUCUGUAGUAUAUUCGUGUGUUUGCGAGCCUGCUGUGUGUUUAUUCUAUUAUAACGGAAUACACUCGAAUCUUCUCCCUGUGAAGAAAGAGGCGACGGACCGCCUGAACUCAACUAGCCGCUAAAGUAUCAUCUCGGUGGGGGUCUUGUUUUGUGUUUAACGGAGGACCCUGGUUCUGAGAACCCCCACAAAAUGGAGAAGUUAGAGAAGGGAAUCAAGCCAGUGGAAGAGUGUGAAUCUCCCGAGGACGAAGUGGUUGACCCCCGGAUCCAGGGGGAGUUGGACAAGUUGAACCAGUCUACAGAGGACAUCAACCGCUGGGAGACAGAGCUGGAGGACUGUCGUCAGAGGUUCCGCGCGGUGCUGGUGGAAGCCACGGUGAAGCUGGAUGAGCAGGUGAAGAGGAUCGGCAGACCUGUAGAAGACUCCAAACCUUACUGGGAGGCCAGGAGAGUGGCCAGACAGGCCCAGCUGGAGGCCCAGAGGGCAACAGGUGAGUUCCAGCGUGCGGUGGAGAUCCUGGGGGCGGCUAAAGAGACCAUCGCCCUGGCAGAGGAGAGACUCCUGGAGGAGGACAGCAGACAGUUUGACUCAGCCUGGCAGGAGAUGCUCAACCACGCCACCAACAGGGUGAUGGAGGCGGAGAUGACGAGGACUCGUAGCGAAUUAGAGCACAGAAAGACGGCGAACCACUACAACGCCUGCAUCAGUCAUAUGAGACAGCUCGAGAAGAAACUCAAACGCACCAUCAACAAGUCCAGGCCAUAUUUUGAACUGAAGGCGAAAUACUACCUAAAACUGGAGCAACUAAAACGUUGCGUAGACGAGCAUCAGGCGAAACUGACCGUCGCCAAGGCAGAAUACCGCACAGCGCUGCGUAACCUAGAGACCAUCUCAGAGGAGAUCCACGCCCGGCGACGCUCCAUCACCAUGGGAACCAGAGGGAGGGGCGUGGGGGCCGAGGGCGAGGGAGGCCAUGAUGACAUUACCAACUUCAAGAUGGAGUCAGACGGACUGUCCAUGGUGUCUGUGACGUUUGAUGAAGAAGGAGGAUCAGAGGAAGAGACAGAAUCACACUCCACUUCCGCUCCCCUCGACAUGACCUCCUCCUCCCAUCAUCCCUCCUCCUCCUUCUUCACCCCCUCUGCCCCCUCUCUCCUCUCCUCGUCCUGUCCCAGUACCAUGGAGGGACCCAGUCCUGGCGGCUGGCUAAGCCCAGAGUCGAGGUGUGGUUCAGGGCGUGACUGUACUCACCUCGGCCCCCGUUCCCAGUGCAGUGGGGCCUCCUCCCCAGACCCAGACUGCGACCAAGAGAGAGGGGACAGAGCAGAGGGAGCAGAGCAGAAGUCGGGUCUGGGUAAGCUGACCCUGACCAUAACACACCCACUGCAUCCCGGGAAGGAUGACCCCAAAGGUGACCCUAAGACGACCUCUAGCCCCACACCCCACAGUCCAUAGCCCCGCUCCCAUCAUCCUCCUGACCAACAGCGAAUAACGGACAGAAGACUUCACCUCUCACAUCGUAUCAUUGACUCAUGACCUUUAAACCUGAACUCUGAACUAUGAGACUUUCUAUGGACUUAAGUGUUUAUGUUCACCCCAGAGGGAAAUCUGAAAUCAGCCCCUAUUCCACACAUAGGAAAUAAAGAAUAGUGGAAAUCAGUGGAGGCUGAUGGGAGGAGCUAUAGGAGGACGGGCUCGUUGUAAUGGCUGGAAUGGAAUGAAUGGAACAGAGUCAAACGUGUGGUUUUCAUGUUUGAUACCGUUCCAUUUCAUUCCAGACAUUACAAUGAGCCCGUCCUCCUAUAGCUCCUCCCAUCAGCCUCCACUGGUGGAAAUAGGGUGCCAUUUUGGAUCUUGUCCAGAACUGAUGGGGAGGAAUCUGGAAGGGGAAGUCAACAUGAUGGAUACCUGGGGAUUGUGGGGGGAGCAUAGCCAGCCCAGUCCAUGGUCAACUCCUUAAAAGAUUCGAAGGAAGGGUGUGAAAGAGGCAUUGCUACGGCUGCAUCCUGUCACAAAGGGUGACUUCCACACAUCCUGUCAUGGACUUCAAAACAAUGGAAGGGAGUUUCCACUAUCGUUAAUUGUUGGAAUAACCCUGGAGAGAGAUGUUGACUGUUGACUUGUGGUCUCAGUGGGGAUGUGAGACAGAGGUUAAUGUGGUCUCAGUGAGGAUGUGAGACAGAGGUUAAUGUGGUCUCAGUGAGGAUGUGAGACAGAGGUUAAUGUGGUCUCAGAGAGGAUGUGAGACAGAGGUUAAUGUGGUCUCAGAGGGGAUGUGAGACAGAGGUUAAUGUGGUCUCAGAGGGGAUGUGAGACAGAGGUUAAUGUGGUCUCAGAGGGGAUGUGAGACAGAGGUUAAUGUGGUCUCAGAGGGGAUGUGAGACAGAGGUUAAUGUGGUCUCAGAGGGGAUGUGAGACAGAGGUUAAUGUGGUCUCAGAGGGGAUGUGAGACAGAGGUUAAUGUGGUCUCAGAGGGGAUGUGAGACAGAGGUUAAUGUGGUCUCAGAGGGGAUGUGAGACAGAGGUUAAUGUGGUCUCAGAGGGGAUGUGAGACAGAGGUUAAUGUGGUCUUAGAGGGGAUGUGAGACAGAGGUUAAUGUGGUCUCAGAGGGGAUGUGAGACAGAGGUUAAUGUGGUCUCAGUGAGGAUGUGAGACAGAGGUUAAUGUGGUCUCAGUGAGGAUGUGAGACAGAGGUUAAUGUGGUCUCAGUGAGGAUGUGAGACAGAGGUUAAUGUGGUCUCAGAGGGGAUGUGAGACAGAGGUUAAUGUGGUCUCAGUGAGGAUGUGAGACAGAGGUUAAUGUGGUCUCAGAGGGGAUGUGAGACAGAGGUUAAUGUGGUCUCAGAGGGGAUGUGAGACAGAGGUUAAUGUGGUCUCAGUGAGGAUGUGAGACAGAGGUUAAUGUGGUCUCAGUGAGGAUGUGAGACAGAGGUUAAUGUGGUCUCAGUGAGGAUGUGAGACAGAGGUUAAUGUGGUCUCAGAGGGGAUGUGAGACAGAGGUUAAUGUGGUCUCAGAGGGGAUGUGAGACAGAGGUUAAUGUGGUCUCAGUGAGGAUGUGAGACAGAGGUUAAUGUGGUCUCAGUGAGGAUGUGAGGCAGAGGUUAAUGUGGUCUCAGAGGGGAUGUGAGACAGAGGUUAAUGUGGUCUCAGUGAGGAUGUGAGACAGAGGUUAAUGUGGUCUCAGAGGGGAUGUGAGACAGAGGUUAAUGUGGUCUCAGUGAGGAUGUGAGACAGAGGUUAAUGUGGUCUCAGUGAGGAUUUCCCAGAGGGAACAACAGAAGGACAGACACACUGUGACAUCACACCACUGAACCCUAGACUUAUGAUCCCUGAUCCCACAGCACGUGUGGUUCCUCAAUUAAAAGUUUCAAGUUUAUGCCGGAACCGUUUGUGGUAGACGGUGGCAGAUUGUGGUAAAUUGCAUCAUUCUGUCAUUGCACCACACUAUCACAAGGGGGAGUUAGAGCGCUGAUUUUGAUUUCUCUCCCUCUAAAAACAGAUAGAAAUAAUUCUAAAUAACAAACUGGCUUAAUUUACCACAGUGUGAAAGGCUGACAGCCCCUCUAUAUAGAGUUUCUGAAACACAGAGUCUUUCUUUGCUGAUGUGAAGAAGAAACUGAAUGAAAGAGAGUCCAGUGAGGAUCGGGAGGGAAAAAGGUUUCCCAAGUCCUGAGCUAUUUUUUUAUUAACCCUUAUUUUUGACUGAGAACACGUUCUCAUUUACAGCAACGACCUGAGGAAUAGUUACAGGGGAAGGGAGGGAUCAAUGAGCAAAUUUCUAAGGGACGUUCUCUUGAUAAGUGUGUGAAUUGGACCAUUUUCCUGUUCAAAUGUAACAAGUACUUUUGGGUAUCAGGUAGUAAAAAGUACAUUAUUUUCUUUAGGAAUGUAGUGAAGUAGAAGUAAAAGUUGGCAAAAAAUAUAAAUUGUGAAAGUACAAUAAAACGACUUAGAACGUUAAAGUAUUUUUACUUACUUUUACACCACUGUCUCUGAUAUAGGGUCCAGUACAUCAUGAGGAGGAAACAGUGAAUUAUUGUGGAACACAUUGCAGUUCGUGAGGUGUAGGCUACAAUAUUUGAUGUAACUGUUUGCUUUGUAAAUAGCUAAACCUACCAUCAAAAAUCAAAUAUGGGCCUGGUCCCUGGCGAGAAAUUGCCUCCCCCCACAAAUGGAGUUUGAGGGGAUGCUUGGGACUCGGCUUGCUUGAUCUUCUUCCUUUUGUCCUGUAGCAAUUUUGAGGAAAUUGCUCAAGGGCCACGGUUGAUUAUUCCGUGGAGAUGACGUUAUUGAAUGCCUCGCCAGCUUCGAUCCAUCCCUGGGCCUGCAGCACGCAACAUUCUUUGUUUGUCAGACAAUCAUUGGGUCGAAACUACAGAACAAAACAAGACACAUGGUUAAAGUUCUGUAAAUGUUAUAUAUAUAUAUACAGGACCAGUCAGAAGUUUGGACACAGCUUCUCAUUCAAGGGUUUUUCUUUAUUUGUACUAUUUUCUAUAUUGUAGAAUAAUAGUGAAGACAUAAAAACUUUGGGAUGAGGUGGACCGCAGAGUGAAGGAAAAGCAGCCAACAAGUGCUCAGCAUAUCUGGGAACUCCUUCAAGACUGUUGUAAAAUCAUUCCAGGUGAAGCUGGUUGAGAAAAUGCCAAGAGUUUGCAAAGCUGUCAUCAAGGCAAAUAAAUGGUGGCUACUUUAAAGAAUCUCAAAUAUAAAAUAUAUUUCGAUUUGUUUAACACUAUUUAGGUUACUACAUGAUUCCAUAUGUGUUAUUUCGUAGUUUUGAUGUCAUCACUAUUAUUCUACAAUGUAGAAAAUAGUUAAAAUAAAGAAAACCCUUGAAUGAGUAGGUGUGUCCAAACUUUUGGCUGGUACUGUAUAUACAGUGGGGAGAAAAGUAUGUGAACCCUUUGGAAAUACCUGGAUUUCUGCAUAUAUUGGUCAUAAAAUGUGAUCUGAUCUUCAUCUAAGUCACAACAAUAGACAAACACAGUCUGCUUAAACUAAUAACACACAGACAAUUAUACGCUUUCAUGUCUUUAUUGAACACACUGUGUAAACAUUCACAGUGCAGGGUGGGAGAAGUAUGUGAACCCUUGGAUUUAAUAACUGGUUGACCCUCCUUUGGCAG